AACCAGAGGCUUUAACCCAACCCUCGCCUGCCCCGAUCCGAGAAAAGUAAAAAACCCAAAAAAAGAAUAAAAAUAAGAAAAUCUGAGAAGGAUUUUCCAGGUUUAUUUAUUUCUAGAAAGUAAAUUUUUUUUAAUUUUUAUUUUCACCUAAAAAAAAUAUUUAUAUACACAUAGGAUAUAUGUAUGCACAGAUUUUCCGGAUCUGAGACUCGUCGCCGGUACUCUACUCAUCGGCGUUUCCUUAAACCCGAACUGUGUUUUCUCUCCCGUGCGAAAACCCUAAAACGCUUCCCGGCUUGACUCUCUCUGUUAUUUCAAACAUCUAACUUUCUCUCUCUCUCUCUCCCUCUCUCUCUAGAUCUUUCUCUCUAUCUGUACUCACGUCGUCUAUCUGUUCUUCAUACAUACACGUGUGUAUCUCCCCGGUGAUUUGCCUCUUGGUUUUAGGUUUUUCGAGUCGGAAUCGGGCUGCUUUUUGCUGAUGCUUUAGUCAUGCCAUAGAUAUCUUAUUGUCAUGUCUUCUAAAGGUUCAAAGACUAAACCUGACCAUGAAACACGUGCCAGGCGACAGAAGGCACUUGAAGCCCCAAAAGAACCUCCGCGCCCUAAAACACAUUGGGAUCAUGUUCUUGAGGAGAUGGUCUGGUUGUCAAAGGACUUUGAGUCAGAGAGAAAAUGGAAACUGGCUCAGGCAAAGAAGGUUGCAAUAAGAGCAAGCAAGGGAGUGCUGGAUCAAGCAUCAAGGGGAGAAAAAAGGGUGAAGGAAGAAGAGCAACGCUUGAGGAAAGUGGCCCUAAAUAUAUCCAAGGAUGUAAAAAAAUUUUGGUUGAAAAUUGAGAAGCUGGUUCUUUACAAGCAUCAGUUAGAGCUCGAUGAGAAGAAGAAAAAAACACUUGAUAAACAGCUUGAGUUUCUUCUUGGGCAAACUGAGAGGUACUCAACAAUGCUUGCAGAGAACCUAGUUAGCUCACCAACACAGUGCCAACAAUUGAAUGUAUCCUCUUGUCAGGAGCGCUUACGAAUUCAACAUGAAGAAGGAACUCAAGAUGAUGUAAAAAGAAAUGCUGAAGAAAAAGUUGAAUCUCAGUCAGUUGCCCCUGAUAAAGAUGAUGAUUAUGAUUUGAUGUCUGAGGAUGGAUCAGAAGAUGAUGAGCAUACAAUUGAGGAAGAUGAAGCUCUUAUAACCAGGGAAGAAAGGGAAGAAGAGCUUGAAGCCCUACAGAAGGAAAUGGAUCUACCUAUAGAGGAGCUUCUUAAACGUUAUCACAAGGAGCAAGCUAGCAGAGGAAGUAGCCCGGAUGAGAAUGGUGAUGUGCCUGAGGCAACUGUUCCUAGGGAGGAUAAUGCCAAGGAUAGUGAUUUUGCCAUCACCCCUGAGAUUAAAAGAGUCAUAUCUUCUGCAAGUCCUGGUCGUGGUUGUGUUGAAAGCAAUGGUGUUUUGUCAGUUUCAGAUAACCAUUUGCCAGAAUUGGAGCCGGACAAGCACAGCAAACCACCAAAGAAAUUGCAGGAGUCAGACAAAGUGCAUUCUUUAGAUGAAAUUAACGAUGAACAGUUUCUGCAGGAUGGCGAUGAUGAUGAAGAUUUUGUAGCUACAUUUGAAGAGACUGAAUGUUAUAUGGAUGAUGAGACAACUCUGUUGGAGGAGGAAGAGCUAGCAAAGGCAGACCCAAAUGAUGCUACGAAUGAGAUUGCACUUUUGAAAACGGACUGUGAAAUUCCUAUAGCUGAACUACUUGCAAGGUAUAAAAAGGACUAUGAAAAUGAUGAGAAUAUGGGCGGUGACUCUGAAUCUUCGUUUUCAUCGGCUUCUGAGGAGUUUUCUGAUUCACCAACUCACAAAGAAUCUGAACUGAAGAAUGAAUCAAGAGAUGUCCAACCCAUUGCAUGCCCUGAGAUGGAAGACAAAGAAGCUGAUGCUGUGGUUAAUUCUGGUGAAGAAAAGGAAAGUGAGAACCGACUUGCUGAUGCAGCUGCUGCUGCUAGAUCUGCACAGCCAACGGGUAAUACGUUCUCAACGACAAAAGUGCGUACUAAGUUCCCUUUCCUCCUGAAAUAUCCUCUUCGUGAGUACCAACACAUUGGAUUGGACUGGCUUGUUACAAUGUAUGAGAAGAAACUAAAUGGGAUCCUGGCAGAUGAAAUGGGGUUGGGGAAGACAAUCAUGACUAUCGCUCUUCUUGCUCACCUUGCAUGUGAAAAGGGAAUAUGGGGCCCUCAUCUUAUUGUUGUUCCAACUAGUGUCAUGCUCAACUGGGAAACUGAGUUUCUCAAAUGGUGCCCUGCUUUUAAAAUACUGACAUAUUUUGGCAGUGCAAAAGAGCGGAAGAUAAAGAGGCAAGGAUGGUUGAAACCAAAUUCUUUCCAUGUGUGCAUCACAACUUACAGACUUGUAAUACAAGAUUCCAAAGUUUUCAAGCGGAAGAAGUGGAAAUAUUUGAUUCUGGAUGAAGCUCAUCUUAUUAAGAAUUGGAAAUCACAGAGAUGGCAGACUCUUCUUAAUUUCAACUCAAAACGUCGUAUUCUUUUGACUGGUACGCCGUUACAAAAUGAUCUUAUGGAGCUAUGGUCUCUGAUGCAUUUUUUGAUGCCGCAUAUUUUUCAGUCUCAUCAAGAAUUCAAGGAUUGGUUCUGCAACCCCAUAUCUGGAAUAGUUGAGGGGCAAGAAAAGGUAAACAAAGAAGUUGUUGAUCGCCUGCAUAAUGUCCUCCGCCCCUUCCUACUCCGAAGGUUGAAAAGAGAUGUGGAGAAGCAGCUUCCUAGUAAACAUGAACAUGUCAUCUAUUGUAGACUCUCAAAGAGGCAGCGCAACUUGUAUGAAGACUUCAUUGCUAGUGCUGAGACACAAGCAACUUUAGCUAGUACAAAUUUUUUUGGAAUGAUUAGUGUUAUUAUGCAACUUCGUAAAGUCUGCAAUCAUCCUGAUCUAUUUGAAGGACGCCCUAUUGUAAGCUCUUUUGACAUGAAUGGUGUUGAUGUUUGUUUGAGUUCUUCCAUUUGCUCAAUGUUUACACAUGGCCCCUUUUCAGCUGUUGACCUUAUUGCCUUGGGGUUUUUAUUUACUCAUCUGGAUUACUCGAUGGCUUCUUGGGAGAGUGAUGAUAUUCAAGCUAUUGCUACCCCACCAGGCUUGUUUGAGGGUCUUGGAAAUCUAGAAACAGGAUCUGGAUUGAAAAAUCAGAAGAAGUUGCAUGGUUCAAGCAUUUUUGAAGAGAUCCAGAGGGAACUUAUGGCGGACAGACUUAAAGAAAAGAAGGAGCGAGCAGCAACCCUAGCAUGGUGGAAUUCUUUAAAGUGCAAGAGGAAACCAAUUUACUCCACUGGUUUGCGGGAGGUAGUCACUGUAAAGCAUCCAGUACGCGAUAUUCACAGUCAAAAGAUUAAUCCUUUUUCUUACUGCUCUAGUCUUGCCAAUAUUGUGCUGCCACCUGUUGCAAGAUUCCAACAAAUGGUUGAUCAGGUUGAAAGUUUCAUGUUCACAAUCCCUGCAGCACGUGCGCCACCUCCUGUUUGCUGGUGCAGCAAAUCUGGAGCAUCUGUGUUCUUUCAUCCUACAUUCAAGGAGAGGUGUACUGAAGUACUUUCACCCCUUCUAACUCCUUUUCGCCCUGCCAUUGUCAGAAGACAACUCUACUUUCCUGAUAGGCGAUUAAUACAGUUUGACUGUGGCAAGUUACAAGAACUUGCAGUUCUGCUGAGGCGGUUGAAAUCAGAAGGCCACCGUGCAUUAAUUUUCACCCAAAUGACAAAGAUGCUUGAUGUGUUAGAAACUUUUAUUAAUUUGUAUGGUUACACUUACAUGCGCCUUGAUGGUUCCACUCUGCCUGAAGAGCGACAAACAUUGAUGCAACGCUUCAACACAAAUCCCAAAAUUUUCCUUUUCAUCUUAUCAACUCGUAGUGGAGGUGUUGGCAUUAACUUGGUUGGUGCAGAUACAGUUAUAUUUUAUGACAGUGACUGGAAUCCAGCUAUGGACCAACAGGCUCAAGAUCGCUGCCACAGGAUAGGGCAGACACGUGAAGUACAUAUUUAUCGGUUAAUCAGUGAAAGCACUAUUGAAGAGAAUAUUCUAAAAAAGGCAAACCAGAAGCGUGCUCUUGAUGAUUUGGUCAUACAGAGUGGUGGCUAUAACACUGAGUUUUUUAAGAAAUUGGAUCCUAUAGAGUUGUUUUCGGGUCACAGAACACUUUCAUCAAAAAAUGCUCAAAGUGAGAAAAGCUCUGAUGGUACAGAGGUUCCUCUCUCUAAUGACGAUGUGGAGGCUGCUUUGAAGAAUGCUGAAGAUGAAGCAGAUUAUAUGGCACUGAAAAAAGUUGAACAGGAAGAGGCUGUGGACAAUCAGGAAUUCACUGAAGAAGCAAUUGGGAGGAUGGAAGAUGAUGAAUUUGGUAUUGAAGAAGAGAUAAAGGCUGAUGAUACUGAUAAUGUUGGCCUUACAAUAUCAAAUAAAGAGAAGGCUGCAGUCUCAAAUGGGAGUGAUCCAACUGAGGAUCGAGCGAUCACUUUAGCUGGUAAAGAUGAAGAUGUUGAUGUGCUUGAUGAUGUAAAACAUAUGGCAGAGGCUGCCGCAGCUGCAGGCCAGGCAAUUUUGUCGUUUGAUAGUCAACUACGCCCAAUUGAUCGGUAUGCUGUUCGCUUUCUGGAGUUAUGGGAUCCUAUCAUAGACAAGACAGCAGUUGAGUUGCAAGAUCAGUUUGAGGAAAGAGAAUGGGAAUUGGAUCACAUUGAAAAGCUAAAGGAGGAUAUGGAAGCAGAAAUGGAUGAUGACGAAGAACCUUUAGUUUAUGAAAGAUGGGAUGCUGAUUUUGCAACUAAGGCUUACAGACAGCAAGUUGAGGCAUUGACUCAAAUUCAGUUGAUGGAGGAAAUGGAAUCUAAAGCUAGGGAGAAGGAGCUAGCUGAGUAUGAGAAUUCUAUUGGGAAUGAUGUUGCAGCUCCUUCUAAGCCCAAGUCAAAGAAGAAAACAAAGAAAACGAAGUUCAAAUCUUUGAAGAAAGGAGGCCUAGGUUCUGAAACAAAAUCUAUGAAAGAAGAGUCACCAAUUGACUUGAUGUCUACAGAUGAUGAGAUUAUAUGCCAAGAGGAUGUUACCACCCCAGAUUUUGUGUCGUCACAUUCAGCUCAAUUUAGAAAGCGUAAACAAGCACCAGAUGAUGAGGAGUCUAAACAAAUGAAGAAGUCAAAAAAAUUCAAGAAGGCUUCGGAGGUGUCUCCUUUAGCUCUAGAUUUGUCAUUACCUGGUAUGCAGCAGGAUGAAUCUAUCGAUUUGAAACACCGUGAGCGGAGCACAGUUGAUCUUGAACUUAAGCCAUUACACAAGAGCAAGAUGGGAGGGAGAGUAUCAAUUGCUAUGAUGCCUGUAAAGCGCAUUUUUACUCUAAAACCAGAGAAGUUGAAAAAGAAAGGCAACCUGUCGUCUAAAGAUUACUUCCCUUCAGCUGAUCAAUGGUUGCCACAAGAAGAUGCUAUAUUGUGUGCAGCUGUCUAUGAAUAUGGCCCUCACUGGAGGCUGGUUAGUGAUAUCUUGUAUGGAAUCACCGGUGGAGGAUUGUACAGGGGCAGAUUUCGCCAUCCUGUGCAUUGUAGUGAAAGGUUUAGGGAACUCAUACAGAGAUAUGUCUUUUCUGCCUCUGAUGUUAUAAACAGUGAGAGAGCCAACAAUAUAAGCUCUGGAAAGGGUCUUCUGAAGGUUACUGAGGAAAACAUCCAAACAUUGUUAGAUGUUGCCUUGGAGCUGCCAGAUCGUGAACCCCUUAUUCAAAAGCAUUUUUUUGCCCUUCUAUCUUCUGUCUGGAGGUCCAGGAAAAAUGAUUCAUGCAGGCGAUCAUCUUCACAAAGUGGUUUCAACCCUUUGCUGUUAACAUCAACAGCCAAUCAUUUCUCUCAAAAUUCCGUUAGACCACCACAGGGAAAAUUGGCAUUUACUAACCUAAGUCAAUGUAACAAGUUAGUAGGAGCUGCACUUUCCGAGAACUCUGGUGCACAGACUGAUAAUUCCGUCUCUAUCUCUAAACAGAGGGAGGAAGCCCCUGUUCCUGCAGAGGAGUUGGAUAUUACUCUUGAACUUCAGGCUGCAAAAGAUGAUAAUGACAUUUCUUUCCCACCUCUUGUGCAUCUUAAAAUACUUGAUCCUGAUUCCUCACCAUCUUUAAAAACGCGGACACCUGAACAUAUUCACUUGAAAUCUUCUCCAUAUGUAGCUGAAAGCCGAUUCAGGGAAACAUCAAAUACUUGCUUUGAAGCUUGUUUGGAUUGGCCAUCAAUUACAUUGCCUCCUGGGGAGCCAAGGUGUAAAACGCCAGCAAAACCACAAUCUCAAGGAAAGCAAAAACUAGCUCCCGAUUCAUCCAAGGCUUCCAAAUCAAGGUCGAGAAAGGUUUCAGUCGAGCAUAGUGAUCUGUGUCCACCCACCGAACAAAUAUUCCAACCCGCAUCAUUUUCCAACGACCCCAUCGCAGCCAUGGACACCUCAUCCAGCCUCGAAGAAGCCUGUCUCCACCACGACUUUGAAACCAGCUCUCUGUUCAACACGAACGGGGAAUUUAAAGUGGACCUUACAGAUUUCGUGCCCCACAGUUACAUUCCUGGCUUAUUAUCCGGACUAGACGAUUGUUCAACUUCUAGUCCAACUUUCCCAGAAUUUACGGAUAUUGGUUAGCGUAGAAACCUUGUAUUUCCCAAAAAUGUCAUUUGACAGAGUCUACUAAUGUUGAGAGUUGCUCUCAGUUUUGGAGACAUGGACUGCUCAUGUCAUGCAUCUCCCCUCCCUCCCGCUCAGACGAGGAAUGGCUAUCGCCCUCUCGGGGUGCAUGUUCCAGCAGGUAUGAGCUCUGUUUUUGUACGAUGGUAGCCGUUAACUGUGUACCCUGCUAACAGUUUGCAUCAAUGGAGAAGAUGGUCAGGUCAAAGAAGAUGAAUGAGGCUUGAGAGAUAGACCGAGUAAAGAGUACAGAAUGCAACUUAGGAAUUAGGGUAUUGAUUAAUGAUUAUAUAUAUAUAUAUAAAUAGCACUUAGGUUCAGUAGUUUUUUUCUCUGUUUUUUUUUUCCUUGUUAGUGGGGAAAUUUGUGGUUGCAAUUUUUUUCGGCGGUUCAGUCAUAUUUCUCUGGGCGCAUAACAUUUGGAAAAAAAUUAGUGAUUCCAUUCAACAGAAAUAUGUCACUCCCCCUGUCUGAUCCUUAGAUUCAAGAAAUCGAUGACAGUAUGUUUAGUAUUACUCUGAA